CGUUUUAGUAUCGCAAAAGCAAAAACACCAAUUCCGAAACGAAACGCUUUUUUUCUUUUGAAUUUUGUUGCCGGCGUCAAUGGCGGUUCCUCCGACUGUCCUUGCAACGCCAUCAUCAUUGUACGUUGGUGAUCUUCACCACGAUGUUUCCGAUGGACAACUAUUUGAUUUUUUUUCAGAGUUUAAAAGCCUUGCUUCCGUUCGCGUCUGCCGUGAUUCAUCGACUGGACGUUCUCUCUGUUACGGCUACGUCAACUUUGUUUCUCCUCAGGAUGCUAUACGUGCUAUUGAGGUUAAAAACAACUCCACCCUCAAUGGAAAGGUUAUGAGGGUUAGUUGGUCUCUGCGUGACCCUGAUGCGAGACGAAGUGGUAAAGGAAACGUGUUCAUCAAGAACAUAAGUGAUACAAUUGACAAUGCAAAGCUUCAAGAAAUGUUUCAAAAGUUCGGAAAUAUCUUAUCUUGUAAAAUUGUCACUCAUGAGGACGGAAAGAGUAAGGGAUAUGGCUUUGUCCAGUUUGGGUCGGAGGAGUCUGCCGAUGCUGCUAUUGAGAAGCUUAAUGGGAUCAUGGCUGGAGACAAACAGAUGUAUGUUGGGAAGUUUGUCAAAAAAACUGACCGGGUUUCGCCCAAUCCUGAUGCUAAGUACACAAAUUUGUACUUCAAGAACUUGGACGUUGACAUCUCAGAGGAGUAUCUUAGAGAAAAGUUCUCUGGGUUUGGGACGAUAAUUAGCCUUGUUAUUGCUAAAGAUGAGAGUGGAGCUCCAAAGGGUUUUGGAUUUGUCAACUUUGACAAUCCAGAUGAUGCUAGGAAAGCUGCAGAAGCAAUGAACGGAUCACCUGUUGGCUCCAAGACCUUGUAUGUAGCGAGAGCACAAAAGAAAGCAGAGCGCAAACAACUUCUGAAGCGCCUUUUUGAAGAGAGAAGGAGGGAACAGAUAGUGAAAUAUCAGGGUUCAAAUGUGUAUGUCAAGAAUAUUGAUGAUGAUGUCACUGAGUAUGAGCUGCACCAACUGUUUAGCCAAUGUGGCACAAUUACUUCUGCGAAAGUUAUGCAAGAUGAGAAAGGUUUGAGCAAGGGUUUUGGGUUUGUAUGCUUCUCCACAGCAGAGGAGGCCUAUAACGCUGUGAAUACUUUUUAUGGAUUUAUGCUGCACCGAAAGCCGUUGUAUGUGGCUAUUGCUCAAAGGAAAGAGGAAAGACAGGCGCAGUUACAGCUACAACACGCACAACGACUCGCUGGGCUAACAGGAGCUUCAGCUAUGUAUCCUGGCGCAUAUCCUCCCCUUUACUAUCCAGGCCAUGGUGUUGUUCCUCAAGUACCAGCACGACCUGGGCUGAUGUAUCAGUCUCUUGCUAUGAGGCCAGGUUGGGGUACUAAUGGGUUCACAAACACCCCCAGACCUAGCUAUCAACCUGCUCCAGUUCCCAUGAUUCCUAAUACUUAUCGACCAUAUCGGCAGAACAGGGGAAGGAUGAAUGGAUAUAUGCCAGCUUCAAAUGUGACCAAUGUGCAGCCAUCAGGUCAACCAGCGGUGUCAUCGAAAGAUUCUCAGCGUGCUGGGCAGGUCAGAUUUGCGCCGAAUGGCCAGACUCGUGAUGUGACCAGAGGAUCUUUUGUAUCAAAUGCUGGUUCUAUGGCAGUUGGAUCUGCUGCUGAUGGUACUGAAAUGCUGAGUACCUUGCUUGCUUCUGCUAAUUCUGAUCAGCAGAAACAGAUACUUGGCGAGCGCCUUUAUCCUCUUGUUGGUAAACAUAAGCCUGAGCUUGCUUCCAAGAUAACUGGAAUGCUGUUGGAGAUGGACAACGCUGAACUGCUAUUACUGUUGGAGUCUCCAGAAUCUCUGGCAGCCAAGGUGGAGGAAGCUGUCGAGGUGCUCAAGCUCUCUAACGCAAAAGUUUCCAGCCAAGAGUCGCUUCAGCCAAGUUUUCUCUCUGCACCAGAAGUUGCAGUCAACUGACUGAGCAAUGCUGCUGCUGACAUAUUUAUCUUUAGCAAAGAUAGAUAGAAGUUACUAGGGGGUAAGGGGG